AUGGCAGCGGAAAAAUUAUCGCAGAAAGAAAAUGUUGAUGAAGACAAAGAUAUUGAAAUUAUACAAGGAAGCACAGUUAAAUUAAAAAGAGAGUUAGGUUUAUUUUCUGCAGUCAAUUUGAUACUAGGUGUAAUGAUUGGGUCUGGUAUUUUCGUAUCUCCAGCAUCAGCAUUGGAACAUUCAGGUUCCGUUGGUUUAUGUCUUAUAAUAUGGACAGUCUCAGGAAUAAUAUCACUAUUAGGAGCAUUAUCUUUUGCGGAGUUGGGGACUGUGGUAGGAAAGUCUGGAGCAGAGUACGCCUAUUUCCAAGAAGCAUUUGGUAAAAUUCACAAGUUUUGGGGACCAUUGCCUUCGUUCAUAUGUGCCUGGAUUUAUGUUAUGAUAUUAAGACCAGCUGAAGUUGCUAUUAUAGUUAUGACAUUCGCUGAAUAUGCGAUACAACCAUUCACCUCAGAUCUACAGCAGGACUACAAAGAUACAGCUAUAAAGCUAGCGUCAUUAUGCGGCCUUUUUGUAAUGACAUACAUUAACAUAACUAGUGUUAAGUUAUUUGUCAAGGUUCAAAAUGUAUUUGGAAUAUGCAAAGUGUUUGCCUGUCUGAUUGUUAUUGGAGGAGGAAUAUAUGAAAUCAUCAAAGGUAAUACAGAACACUUGGACAAAGGCUUUGAAGGUAGCACAACAAGUGCAGGAGGUAUAGCACUAGCAUUGUAUUCUGGCCUUUGGGCUUAUGAUGGCUGGAACAGUGUGACAGUUGUUACUGAGGAGAUCAUCAAUCCUGGAGUGAAUGUCCCACUCAGCAUAUCGAUUGCAGUACCUCUCAUCACAACACUCUAUGUGUUCAUGAAUGUUGCCUACAUGUCUGUACUGAGUUAUGCUGAGAUGACGUCGGUGCCCGCUGUUGCAGUGGUGUUUGGUGCUAGGGUACUAGGUCCUGCCAGCUUCCUCAUACCGCUCGGAGUUGCUGUAGCAACCUUUGGAUGUGCGAUGAGCGUACAAUUCGGUGUUACCAGAGUUUGUUAUACUGCAGCACGCGGAGGCCACAUGUUGGAGAUGUUUUCAUAUGUUAACGUCAAGCGUUUGACGCCAGCACCAGCUGUUGCAUUCCAAGCAAUCCUCACUUCGAUCUUCAUCAUAGUUGGUAACAUCAGGACCCUCAUAGAGUUCGCUAGUUGGUUCCUCUGGUUCUUCUACGGGCUCGCAAUGGUCGCGUUGCUCGUCCUCCGAAAGACUCAAGCGAAUAAACCCCGACCGUACAGAGUACCAACGUCGGUACCUUGCUUUGUGUUGCUAGUUGCGAUAUUUCUGUCCAUUUUACCCAUCGUCCACGACCCAUCAUUGAAGUAUCUCAUGGCGAUCGGGUUUAUUGUUAUGGGAGGAGUGGUUUAUACAAUAUUUGUAUAUCAUAAGAAGACUCCCACUGCCCUUUUAAAUAAAAUCACAUUCCUGACUCAAAUACUGUUUGAAAGUGUUCCGCCGAGUAAUCGUCAAGACUGA